CACCAUGAAUAAUUCGCAAAGUAGAACACAAACUAAAAUGCUUAUUUACAAUCUCCCAAUCGAUAUAAACAGACAAUUAUGUAGGCUUCUUGAUCAUGACGAUAAAUGGAAGGAUUUGGCUGGUUAUCAUAUGAAAUUUGAUCCGUUUGAAAUAAUGGGAAUUGAACAAACGGCACGGGCCAAAGUAAUAUCGCCUACCAACCAGCUUCUCACACAAUGGGGCCAAAUGAAUCAUAACGCAAACGAAUUGUUCAUAUUAUUGCACAAAAUGGAUCAAGUACCAGCCAUGUACUGCCUAAGAUCCGUAGUUGACGAGAAAUAUUUGCCAUUGUUGACCAGAAGACGAAAUGGUGGACAAAAUAGACCUGUUGUACCUGUGGAUGUAAACGGCAACCGUCCAGGUGCUCCUUGCAAUGGUAGCUCUUCCCUUCCAUUACCAGUACAGCUUCUCGAACAGGGUAACCAACUUCCCUCGUCAAGCCACAGUCGUGUCUCCGUACCGAACAGCGAAGAUGAGUCAAGCUCUGUCGGUAACACCUCUUCCACUCAUGGUGUAGGACAAUCGCGCGACAAUGGCGCGGAGAACGACGACUUUAUAAGGCAGCAUGUGUCCGCUAUACCGCUCCUCAAGUACGAAGAUCUUAGGGAGUCUACAAACAACUGGAGCAAGAGCAAUUUGCUUGGACAAGGCGGAUUUGGACAGGUUUAUAAAGGUGAAUGGAAGCUCUUGACGGUGGCAGUGAAGCGGCUGGCGAACAAUGACGGCAAGAACAGAGAGCUCAUUAGGGAGAUGUGCCUCAACCAGUACCGACACGAUAAUAUACUGCCCUUAUACGGGUACAGUCUUGGUGGUCCAGAAGCAUGUCUGGUGUACCAACUAAUGGCAGGAGGGUCGUUGGAACAGCGUCUGCGAUGUAAAACGCAGCAUCCACCCUUGUCGUGGUCGCAACGUCAUCGAAUCUCUCACGGCGUCGCCAGGGGUCUCCUAUUUCUUCACACAAUGACUGGCACGCCAUUGAUCCACGGCGAUAUUAAACCGGCCAACAUCUUGCUUGACCAAUGCACUAUACCCAAGAUUGGCGACUUCGGACUCGCCAGAAAAGGACCUUAUGGUGAGGAGAGAACGCAUCUUAAGGUUUCUAGAGUCCACGGCACCCGAGCAUACCUCCCCGACGAGUACCUCCGCUCCCGCUGCCUGUCCCCAGCUGUGGACGUGUUCAGUUAUGGGGUGGUCCUAGUCGAGAUUGCGACCGGUCUCCGCGCUAUACUCCCCCCGCCACCCGACCGGCCGCGCGAGCCUCUGCUGCUUAGCGACCACAUACAUCAGUUGGCUAAUGAUAGAGUUGAUUUUACUACCCUAGAAGACCGUAUGAUAAGCGGUACUCAGCUGUCAAACAGUCAGCUAUGCAAGGAGUUCAUCGAGAUUGGAAUCCAUUGUACCGCCGUGUCGCGUCGCGAAAGACCUAAUAUGAUGCAGGUGUAUAAAAAGCUUGACGCUAUGAAUUUUCCUGGAAGGAACACUAAUUAAGAAUUGCAGCAUUUAGACGUAAGAUAAUAAAUAACAGACGAGGGUGUACAGGGUGUCCCACGGCUAUGCCGCACGGAGGGAAAGUGGCCUAUUCCUCUAGACCCUACCAGCUAUCACCCUGGUCCCCACCAUCACCCUGGUGGGGAUAAGAGAUUUUUUUUUCCCACUCUUCCCUACCACACCGUCACUGGUUGGGAUAAGCAAAAUUUCAUUUCCACUUAUCUUUACCCAAUCGUGAGAAAGUACCAUAAUUUGAAAUGAUAAUGUCAGUUGUUAUGAGCGCAGCAAAGUCAGAAAAGGCUAUUAACUUUCCAGAACAAUAUUUCAAAUUAUAUGUAAAAUUUCAUGGUCUUCCUUUUAUUUAAGAUGCUAUGUUAUUUAGAAGAAAACAAUCCUUAUGAUUGAGUCUUUCGAUAAGUAUAGUAAAAUUACA